AGGUAUAUAAAGCUCAUAUCCAGCGAAGUAGAAAAUCAUUCGACUGUCGAUUCAGUCCAGUUAAUGUGUUCGAAAUACUCCCAACAAAAUGUUCUUUAAAAUCGCUUUAGGCGUGCUGUUCUGCAGCAUUGCUUUGGCCGCCGGGGAAACCUAUGAAGGCUACAAAAUCUACGACGUCAAUGCCAACAAUGCCUUCGAAAAGGAAGUCUUGUUGCGCCUUUCCGCCAAUGACAACUACGAUUUCUUCGAUUUGCCCAAAAUCGCCGACAAGCCAGCCCGUGUCAUGGUCCAACCCGAGGAUCAAGUCGAUUUCGAAACCACUUUGAACAGAUUCGGUCUUUCCUACACCGUCAUCAAUGAAAAUGUUGCCCAGAGCAUUGCCGAAGAAACCGAGCAAAUGAACUAUGCCCGCGCCGCUGUGGACACCAACGGUCGCAUUAGCUUCGCCAGCUUCCAACGUUUUGAUGCCAUCAAUGCCUACCUCGAUGAAUUGGCCAAGGCCUACCCCAGCCGCGUCAUUGUCAAAACUUUGGGAAAAUCCUACGAAAAGCGUGACAUGAAAACCAUUACCAUCACCAACGGUGACGGCAAGACCAACAAGAAGGUCAUCCUCAUGGAUGCUGGUAUCCAUGCCCGUGAAUGGAUUGCUCCCGCCGGUGCUUUGUAUGUCAUCCACCAAUUGGUUGAGAACUACUCGCAGAACGCUCACUUGUUGAAGGACUACGAUUGGGUUAUCUUGCCCGUUGUCAAUCCCGAUGGUUAUGAAUACACCCACACCAGCUCCCGUAUGUGGCGUAAGACCCGUCAACCCGUCACCUCAUCCUGUGUUGGUACCGAUGCUAACCGCAACUUCGACUUCCACUGGGGAGAGGUUGGUGCCUCCAGCUUGUCCUGUGCUGAUACCUUCAAGGGUAAGACCGCCUUCUCUGAACCCGAAACCCAACUUCUACGCGAUUUGAUGCUCUCCUUGUCUGGACGUGCAAAGUUCUAUUUGACCCUCCACUCUUAUGGCAACUACUUGUUGUACCCAUGGGGCUACACUUCUGCUUAUCCCGAUAACGUCAAGGAUUUGGAUGAAGUUGCCCAAGCUGGUGCCUCUGCCAUCAGAUCUUCCACUGGCACCCGUUACACUGUCGGCUCCUCCACCAAUGUCUUGUAUGCCGCCGCUGGUGGUAGUGACGAUUAUGCUUUGGCCAAGGCCAACAUCCCCAUUGCCAUUUGCAUGGAAUUGCCUGCUGGUGGUAGCGGUUUCGAUCCCAAACCCGCCCAAAUCGAACCCUUCGUUACUGAAACCUGGACUGGUAUUAAGGCUAUGGCUGAAAAGGUCAUUGCCAAGUUUUAAAUUUAAAUUACGAAUAGGUGAAUAAAGUGAGAUUAUAAGAAAACGAAA